UCGGAGAGUGUCAGUAACUAUCAGUCAAUCAACAAGGUCUAUGCAGCACGACUGAAGGAUAAAGAUAGUUAUUUGCGACAAGAAACUGUCCGAACACUAGGCGAACAGCCAUCGUUACCUGAUGAUCUCAUCAGGGCUGUUGCUGCACAGCUGGAGGAUGAAAAUAGUUCUGUUCGAGACAUCACUGUCGAAACACUGGGCAAACAGCUAACGCUGCCUAGUGAUAUUCUCAAGGCUGUUGCAGCACGACUAGUGGACGAGGAUGAGGUUGUUCGAGCUUCCGUUAUCAGAACACUGUGUAAACAAUCAGAAUUGCCUGAUGACAUCUUCAAGACUUUCGCAAAAUGGCUAGAGGAUAAAGACAACUUUGCUCAAGCCGUCAGUGUUGAAGAGCGAAGCGCACACCCAGUGUUGCCCAUCGAAAUCUUUGAGGCUGUUGCAGCACGAAUAGACGCCAAAGAAGAUUUUGUUCAAGCUACAGCUGUUGAGGCAUUGGCAAAG